UCCUUGGCUCAAGCUUUACAUAGGCGUGCGAAAGUGGUGUCAUUGAUCAGAACCACCAUUGGUCACGACGACCUCAUAGGGUGGACGUUCAUCCGAAGGGAGAUUUCAUCUGCUCUUGCGAACAUAGUUCUUGGGCGCCUAGAGAAAGAGACAAGCCCUUGUUUCAUCCAACAAAGGGAGCGAAUAAACAGCUGACUAAAUUCCGAAGGAACCGUGGGGAGAGGGGGAACACAGCAGCAGCGUCCUCCUUCUUCAGCCACCACUGCCUCCGCUUCUCGCCAUUGCCACACUUCCCCAAUGCUUCCGAGCUCGGAUGGCGCCAGCAACGGUCACCCACGGCACGCCUCCUCCGAAAGGAGGGCGGGUUACGUGCCCAGGGACAGACUCCGCAAGCCGGGACGCACCUCUCGAGCACUCAGACACAGGGCCUCCGGACAAGAUAGAGCCGUUGCUGCCGCCGCCACUCCUUACGAUGCUGCCUAUUUCCACUCGUAUUCCCACCUUGGGGUCCAUGAAGAGAUGAUCAAGGAUCAUGUGCGGACUGAUACCUACAGGGCUGCAAUAAUGCAGCAUCAAAGUAGUAUUCAAGGCAAAGUUGUAAUGGAUGUAGGUUGUGGAACUGGCAUUCUAUCUAUUUUUUGUGCUCUUGCUGGUGCAAGGAAGGUUUAUGCAGUGGAUGCUAGUGAGAUUGCCAUACAGGCAAAUGAAGUUGUCAAGAUGAACAAUUUGUCCGAGAAAAUUGAAGUUUUACAUGGAAGAGUUGAGGACAUUGAGAUUGAUGAGGAAAUUGAUGUUAUAAUCUCAGAGUGGAUGGGCUACAUGUUGUUAUAUGAGAGCAUGCUGUCAAGUGUAAUUACAGCAAGGGACCGGUGGCUUAAGCCUGGAGGACUUAUACUUCCUUCUCAUGCAACGUUAUAUAUGGCACCUGUUACACAUUCAGAAAGAUAUAGGGAAAGCAUAGAUUUUUGGCGCAAUGUGUAUGGAAUUGACAUGUCUGCAAUGUUGCCACUAGCAAAACAGUGUGCAUUUGAGGAACCAUCUGUGGAGAUUAUAUCUGGGGAGAAUGUUUUAACAUGGCCAUUUGUGGUAAAGCAUAUUGACUGCUAUGUAGUUACAAUUCAAGAGCUUGAGUGCGUGACAGCGAGAUACAGAUUUGCCUCUAUGAUGCGAGCACCACUUCAUGGCUUUGCAUUCUGGUUUGAUGUUGAAUUUGCCGGUCCCCCUGUCCUCAUCGACAACCAUUUGCAGACUUCUCAUGGAAGUGAUGAGUCAUCUUCCGACAUCUAUAGCACUGGCUCACAUCAGAGGAAAAAACGUGCAAAAUCUGUUGAGACACUUGUACUAUCAACUGCACCUGAGGAUGUUCCAACUCAUUGGCAGCAGACCUUGUUGUACCUUUAUGAACCAGUAGAGGUGAAUCAAGAUCAGAUCAUUGAAGGAUCUGUAACAUUAUCACAGAGCAAGGAGAACCCUCGCUUCUUAAAUAUUCAUCUAGAAUAUGCAUCAGGUGGCCGGUCAUUUGUCAAAGAAUCUGUAAUGCGGUGAUUCCCGUCAUUUUCUGUCUUCUGAAGUUAAUUGAUUACCUUCUUCUUGGCUACACAAAAUGAUUUUUUUGCUACUCAAAGCUUCAUCUGAUAUGGAGGGCAAGGAGGAUCUGGUCUGCAAUUUGGUAUCAGUAACUAGUCUCUUGACAUGGCUGUAAUUAGCUGGUAUAGAUGCCACGUGGGGGUGAUUCUUAUCAUUCAGCAGUUCAGCCAUACCCUGGUUCAGAUCUGAUAGUUAUUGAAAUUUGUUUUGCAAAUCUAAGUGCGGAUAUUGGAGGUGAGCAUGUAUAAUUUGUCUCCAGUUUUAGCAUAUGUUGUUGCCUAUGCUCUUUGUCAAGCUAGAAAAGAAAAAAGCUACAAUUACUUUCAUCACCAUUUUAUAUUUUCCACUUGUGUCAAAUGUAGAGAGGGCCUCUAACAUCAUUUUCAUCAUUGUCCAGCCCUAUCCCAACGCAUGGUAUAGACAAUCUGAAUUAGUAAUUGAUAGUUUAUAGAAGAGCUUCUUAACCUAGUUACAACGUAGUGAUUGAGGGCCUGGCAUUCGACUUCAUGAGGACAACUUGACAGGGUGCUGAUGGCGUUUACUCCAAUAUAAUGGUCUGUAUUGUUCUGCAUUAAACUUUGUUCAAGCGAUUGUGUGGACUUAUUUUGGAAGCAUAUAAUCAAAUGGAAACACUUUCACUGUA